CCCAGACGGCCUAAAAUUCUCUUUACAACUAAUGUGUUGCAGCCGGAGGUUUCAAAGCACCUGUUAUGGGCUUCGCUCCGCUCGUUGGAUCACCACAAUAAAAAGUCUUGGAGGGAUUCUGAAUUUAGGUUGGAUGCCAUCUGAAGAAACCUUUGGCGUCAUUGCUGCUAGUAAUUGGAUGGUGGUGGAAAGUCUGCAGACCUUUUAAGAAAGUUUCAGGAACUGAGACGAGAGCUCUGAGCCCAAGCGUGCACCACCGCUUGUUGCUUCCUUCCCACAAGCUUAUGCAUCCUCUCUGUCACCCCUGCCAACAAGUCAUGAGGAACAUGUUCUUCUUCUGACCAUCAAAUUGAGGAGUCAGCAUUGCUCCAACUCUGUGGCUGGGGGGAAGUAGAAAUCAUAAUUCAGCCCUCCGAACAAAAGGCCCCUGUACAGAGGGGGUCCAGAAAGCAGAAGACAACGUGAAAAGCAGACGAGAAAGGAAAGCCGUCUGGCAGAGUGAUGGCUCCUGCGCCUACGGUCCUUGGUUUGCCUGGUGCAUGGGCUGAAGAUCCUCUUGAGGCCUCCUCGCACUACACCACUAAGGUUGGGGGUGUGCCGUGCUGGCCUUCAGGGGUGGAAGCAAUUCUUUCAGAUGAGCGCCUGGCGUGCAGAGCAUGCGGAAGGAGACUGGGGCUCGUCGUUCAGGCGUAUGCACCACUUUUCCUGAAAGGCAGGGACAUUGCCGAGCGGACACUGUACGUCUUUGGCUGCCUGUCGUCCAACUGCGGGUAUGACCCGCUAAGUUGGCGUGUCUUCCGGGUUCAGGGAGAGGAUUCUGGUAUCAAGUCCGCGGAGCCUGCCGAAGCGUCAAGCGCGGUUGACACCGUCAACUCCGCUGGUUCGACAGCGGCCGUCGGUUCGGACAGCUGGUGGCAGGACGACUCGUGGGGCGCAGCGCCAAGCGAACGGGCCGACGCUCGGGCAGGAAACAACGAAAUGGAGGCGGAGAGUAGAUCUGAGACGCUCGUCGCGUCUACCGAGGGUCCUGACGCCAGCAGACUGACGUCAGCAGAAAGUGAUCCGCUUAGACUGGGAGACAGCAAAGCGUCAGGUUCAAGCGGGGCGAAGGACCAAGAAACCGUCCAGGAUGGUCGGAAAGGAGAAACGGACGUCCGAGCAGGGAGUUCGGACAUCCGGUCGGAGGACGCCCCCACGGCAGACGACUGGGGUGAUUCUGACAAUUCCUGGGGCGGUGGGGCCGCCAGCGAAUGGAAUGCGGACGGCACCGCGCUGGACAUGAGCGCGCUGUCCGAAGCGAUCGCCGAGGCUGCGGACGGCGCCAGCAAGCGGACGGAGAAGCCCCGGGGCGAUGACGUCAGCGGAACGAGGGUGACGUCAGCGAGUUUGGCGGCGCACGGGGGGGACGAGCGGGCGAGGAGCGGUGCCGGGGCGUCCGUUCUGCCGUGCUUCUACAUCGUGGCUGGAGAGGAGGCGCCGGAAAAGAGGCGGAAAGAGGCAGAGGUGUCCCGGUUGGUGACCGAGAGCCCCGGGGAGGAGUCCUGGGAGGGCGAGGGCUACGAGUACGACAGCGCGCGCUCCGCCGACCGGACGUUCCUGCGGUUCCGGAAGCGGGUCGAGCGGGCGCCGGAACAGUGCAUCAGAUACGGCUUCCAAUCGCAACCGCUGCUCGCUCGCGCCCUCUCCGCGCCCCCCCCUCCCUGCCCUGCUUGCGGAGCCCCCCGGACGUUUGAGAUGCAGCUGAUGCCCCCGCUGCCUUAUUUUCUGGCCGAAGCCUCGGAGGAGGCCGCGGGACAGGUGGCGGGCUGGGAGUGGCUGACGCUGCUAGUGUACACGUGUUCCGAGGCUUGUACGAAGCCCGAGAAAAGCGGCGGCCACGUGGCGGUCCAAGAAGAGUUCCACGUGUACCAGCACGAGCUUGACAGCGUGCGGGGUCAGCCGCAGGUUGUCAAGUAGUCGACUCUUACAAUCCUGCGGAGUACCUCUCUGUUGUAACAUCCGCAUGUACAGAUUCACUUGCCCCGCCCUUCGAAGGCCCAACCUCUUUUGGCUGGAUCAAGGUGUGAAAACCCCCCACGCGCAAAUUUGUCUUUAUGCUCGUCGCCUG